AUGAGGGAGCAGGAGGCCGGCGGCGAGGCGGGGCGCCGGGGCGGCGUGAUCAGGGCGCUGCUCGGCGUCGCAAGGCUCGCGGAGGACGAGGCUGCCGUGGCCGUGGGCGGCGCGUCGAAGAAGAAGGCAGAGGCCCCGGACGCGGAGAGGAACAAGGCGGUGGUGCGGGUGGUGGCGGCCGACAUGCCGCCCGCGCUGCAGCGGCGCGCCUUCCGCUGCGCCCGCGACGAGCUCGCCGCGAUGCCGCACUACCCGCGCCGCCUCGAGCCAAAGCGCAUCGCGCUCGCCCUCAAGAAGGAGUUCGACACUGCUUACGGGUCAGCUUGGCACUGCAUCGUAGGGACGGGUUUCGGCUCGUAUGUCACGCACGCCAGGGGCGGAUUCUUGUACUUUUCCGUUGAUAAGGUCUACAUACUUCUGUUCAGGACCGCCGUGGAGCCCUUGCCCCAAUGACGGUAGCCAGACAAAUUGGUUCAUGAAUUGUAUGCACUGUGAAAGCAUGGGGGCAUAACAAAUACACAAACUGUUCAGCUGGUAAUUGUAAAUUGCAUGACUGCUUUUUGCUGUCUAUGGUUCGGAAC